AUGGCUCAGAAACCUCUGAAAGUUACCAAGAAAGUGAAAGACCCACGUAGAAUCACUAAAAAACAAAAAAAUUUAAGAAAAGCUGCUGUAUUACAGAUUAAAUCAAAAAAGAAAUCUUUACAGCAUUUGAAAAAAUUGAAUAAGGCUUCUUCUUUGACUGUCGCCACUGAAAGAUUGUUAUCUUCAAAAGUCGGUCAUUUGGAAUUAUUAAAGGGUACUCGUAGAGAACUUGAAAGAUCAAAAGAUAAGCAACUAUACGAAAAAAAAAUAAUCAAAUAUUGUUUCCUUCACACUGAAGAUCUGAACUUCCUCCCAGCCUCCGCAUUUACAACACUAAUUUUAUAA